GGGUACUCGAUGCUAGCUUGGCCUCAGGGUCUGCCCUACGUAGAACUGAACUGCAGCCUGGGACUAACAGGCGCAGCUUUUUUGCUGUUGCCAAUCUUCAUAUCAGUGGCUGUGCUAAAGGUAGGGAACCUGGCCAACGAUGGUUACAAGCUAGGUCGGCAGAUGGGCACUUGCAGUCGCGAACCACCAGAAUUGAGCAAGGGAGGAGGUGGUUGUGGCCUGUUUAGGUACGGAGGCCCAACAGCCCCCUUCGUACAUAUCGCUAUUGCGUUCUGUCUCCUGGUGCCCAAACUGCUUAUGGAGGCAAGACUGAUACAGGCCGGUUUCUUGAGUCAUGACUGGAUCUGGCACACCGACCUGGACUUUCUCGUCACGCAUCGCGAUCGCAUGGUCGUGCUCAGCUUCAUCGCCAACAGCACCGCCGGCACCGCCCCCUUGCGGUCAGUACCACCAACUGCUGUCGGCUUAACCGAGAAACCGACAGCCGCGCAAUUCGUGAGCGGGCCAGCGAUGACGCACAUGGUUGUCAAGACGCUCAAGGACAUCGUCGGACAUGACAAUCAUACCGAUUGGGAGAACAGCAGUAAGGAUAUCGAAACAGGAUUUGGGAGUCCCGUAAGCAUCGAAUACUUGAACUUAGCUCUAGCUCUAGUCAUAUAUUCAGUGAGGUAUCCAGCGAUCUUCUGGGCUACGAACAAAUGUCUAGGGCUCAUCUUCUCAUUUCAGCUGCUUAUCAACGGCCUCCAUACCUUAGUCUCAUUUGCUGGAAUGUCAAUUUUAUACAAGGUGCAUGUUGUGGGACCUUCCAAGGCUCUUCCACUAUUAUCCCAUAACGUACGAAUCUACAGCUUCGCAGGAGAUUCGCCUUUCCUGCUAAAUCCCGAAGUUACUUUCGCGAUGUACAUUCUGUCGACGUUGCUGGUACUAGCGUCCAGCAUCGUACUGUAUUUCUACGGUCAUACCCGUUUCAACGCCUUCCUGAACCACCAACGAGAAAGCAAGGUGAUCACCCUAAAAGAUGGCGCUGGGAGCAGUCAACUGUGGAGCUACUUCACUCAUUGCGCGGCUCUGUGCGUUCUUCUGUCAAUCGGCGUUUGCAACGCCCCCUUGAUUCACGACUACACGGUAGUAUAUAAGGGCAGUUUGGAUGACGUCACGCUCGUGUGCAUCAUCGGAGGCAUCUUGCAUUUGUUUUUCUGGAUCGUCAUCUGGCUGUUCCUGACCGUCAAACAGAAGUGGGUCUUCAAAGUUAGGAUCACGAUUGGUCACGCAACAGUCCGUGAGUCUCGCUCUCUCCGUCUGGUGCACGACGUCCAUCUGAACUCCCACAGAACUUCUCCUUCCGAAGAGCCAGGUACCCAACCGUUGCUCGUAGUAGGUAACGGUCGCACCUACACGGUGACUGACACUUCACCUAAACGAGCUAUUAUGGGGUUGCUCCAUAAGCAGGCCAUGGUGAGGAAGAGCAAGAGUGGAGGAUCUGUCACCGAGAUAGAGGAGGAAGAGGAGCAGAUCUACUGGCUGAGGCCGGCUCUGGCAGCCAAACCAACAGUCUCCAGACGGCAGCGGAUACUUCUGCUGGUUCAAAAAACGGCCCAAGCACAAGGUCACCUUUGACGAUAGCACCAGCACAUCUGUUAAUCGGUAAUAUAUCACACUAUCGGUGUCUGUAUCAUUAAUGUGUUAGUGACAAGUUAUACGCAUGUCAAAUGAACGGUUGCUAUGGGACUUGACAUUUGGAUGGCGAAUACUCACAUAUCAUAGCUAUUCACAAGGGUAGAGAUUUGAAUUAUUCGGAGCAGUAAAUGUUGGCUUACUGAAUAAUCACGCGAUAUCAUGCGUAUAACAUGUCACUUAGAUUGUAGGCGUAGUUGAAUGCAUUUUGUUUUUCUGUGUGAUAUAAUCGGUGCUGUGGAGGAUAAUUUCGUACAUUACAUACAUUACAAAACUUUGAGAAUAAUCUUAGAAGCCCUUCGAUACGACUCAUUGUCACUCUCAUUCUCAACGUUCGUAUGAAAGAAUAAAUUUGCGAAAUUACGCUUCACAGCAUUUACAAAAAUUUGCAAAGUAGUUGUAGAUGCACCGUUUUUUGUUUGUACCGAAUCACCGUACAUUGUGGUUAAUUUUCCUUUUAUAUUGUGUUUAACAUUAGUUAUUGUAAAAUUUUCUUCUCCAUGAGACUUUAUCGAAGACUGAAAAUCUUUACUGUAUUCUUAUCAAGUACAAACUAUUUAACAAUGAACUUACAUAGAUCGCAAGCUCAUCGGAACUGUUGUUUAAGACGAUCUAAACCAAAUAAGUAAGACUUUUAGAAUUAAAGAAUAUUUGUGGAAGAUUGCAGGUUAGAACUUGUUAACGAUUCCAUUUUUAACCCAUCCCAUAAGAGAAUUAUUUCACUCGCCGAAAGCCAUAGCAAAGUUGACGUCUAUCAGAUUUUGAAUUUGAGUUCCAUCUGUUACCACAAUCGGCCAUUGCAAGGUAAAUAGCUAUUGUUGAUAAGAGCUAGGUUCAACCAUUUUCGUUAUAGUGUCAGAAAGAUUCUUAACUCCUUAUAGUAAAUGAGUAGAAAAUUUACUGCUACUGUUUGGUUUUAAAUAAGAGCAUAACAAAACACAAAAAUAGUUUAUUGCUCGAAAAUCCCGCAUUUCACAUCGAUGUUCGACUCUCCACAUUUCCAGUCAACUGAGUGACAGUCGAUAUAUCGACACCCGGGUUGUGGUUUGAUGAAAUUGGAUUGUUAAUAUCGGCCGGCAAUAAUCAAGUAGGCGAUGUUUCAAUUUCCUCCCGUAACAAAACACUGCCGUUCCAGGUCGUUUAAUCGACACAUCCCAGCUUGACGGAAGCCUACUAGAUCGAUAAUGGUUAACUUAGGAGGCCAGAAUGCUGCGUAUCCGACAACUAGUUCGGUACCUGGUGUUAUGUUAUGUUUUAUUAUCAUUAUGUUGGAGUAAAUAUGCUACCUAGGUUCUCUUAAAUUUUGAUCUUGAAUCGAGAUGCAGAUACUUGGAAUGUGGUGGACAAUAGAUUUAACUGUUCGAAAUUGAUUUCUUUAUCUACCAACCAUCUUACACUUCUAAAUGAACGUUUUAAAUUCCAACACCUGUGCAAAUUAUUGGCACUUGAAGACCUUAGUAUAUCUAAAUAACUACUGGUUGAUUUAAAAAUGCGUAGUCGUAGAAUAUGUGUUCUUUAAAAGGAGUGAAACGAUGUUUAAACAGUUAAAAUUGGACUACUGAUUGCAAAGGUAUGUUGUUGCCAAAAGACCACGAUUUGAAUCGCGUGACCCGAUGUUUUUACUAAUCAUGCCUCACAUUUAGUGGCCACAGCAUCUUCUUCAAACAAAGUUCAUGGUAGCUUUCGUCAAAAUUCUCACAUUAUCAAAAAUAUGAGACUCUCCGUUCGAAUUGACAGUCAACGUGUAUCAGAAAUUUCAUACCCCGCCUCUUGACGAGUUUUUGAUAACGUUCCCCGUGUCCCAAACUUCGUUUAACACGAAUUUAAACCGGCCCGAGUUACUUUUCCACAUUUUCCAAUCUCGACGAGUCGCAGCCCUGCCGUGGAAAGCGUGGAAAGAAUGCUGAAUGAAAAAACGCCGAGUAUUCCCUUAGGGCGUGUUUUUAUUUGACGCAUGUUCAGGUUUCGCCACCACGUUUUUCGUAAUUAUGCUCUGGGGAGUUUUUUUGUGGAUGUUCGGACAUUUUCACCAACACGACCAUGCAAAAUAGUCGGAGAAGCUUUGCAACGCGGUGCUUAGCCGG